GCUACAAUUGCAGCCAGUAGACAGGCCAGCUCCCCCAACACCAGCACCCCGCAGCAGACCACCACCACCCAGGCCUCUAUCAACCUAGCUACCACUUCAGCUGCUCAGCUGAUCAGUCGGUCACAGAGUGUGAGCUCACCCAGUGCCACAACCCUGACACAGUCUGUGCUCCUUGGGAAUACCACCUCACCUCCUCUCAACCAGUCACAGGCCCAGAUGUAUCUCCGGCCACAGCUUGGGAACCUGUUGCAGGUAAACCGGACCUUGGGCCGCAAUGUGCCUCUUGCCUCCCAACUCAUCCUGAUGCCCAACGGGGCUGUGGCCGCUGUCCAGCAGGAGGUACCACCCACUCAGUCUCCUGGGGUCCAUGCAGACACAGACCAGGUGCAGAACUUGGCUGUGAGGAGCCAGCAGACCUCGGCCACUAAUGCCCAGCUCCAAGGCUCUGCUCAGAAGGCAGCUCUGCCAGGAAGCUCCCAGGCUCCGGGCUUACUGCAGGCUGCCAGCACAGGCCAGACCUUGGCAGUGGCUCAGGCCUCCUCUGGCAGCACAGGCCAGUCGCUCAACUUGAGCCAGGGGACAGCAGGCAGCAAUGGUGUCUCUGGAAGCGUGGUGGCAAGUGGUGGGAACCAGACCUCGACGGGAUUGAGCCAGACCUCCUCAGCAGGCGCCGCUGGCAGUUGCCAAAGGAAAGGCACAGGGGUGGUUCAGCCAUUACCGGUAGCACCUGCCCAGGCUGUGACUGUCAGCCAGGGAAGCCAGACAGAGACAGAGAAUGCAGCCACAAAGAAGGGUGAAAUGGACAGCAGUGGACAGCAAACAGUGGGCAUGAACCUGACCAGGACUGCUACACCAGCACCCAGCCAGACAUUGAUCAGUUCAGGUAAGUGCAGACCUGUUCCUUCUCUUCGAGCCCAUUGGGCUUUUGCAAGAGUGCCAUUUGAAAGCCCAGUGCCACUACACUCGCUGAUCCAGCAGCAGCAGCAGAUCCACCUGCAGAAGCAGGUGGUGAUCCAGCAGCAGAUCGCCAUUCAUCACCAGCAGCAGUUCCAGCACCGCCAGUCCCAGCUCCUCCACACAGCCACCCAUCUCCAGCUGGCUCAGCAGCAGCAAGCGCCAUCUCUGACCCAACAGCAGCAGCAAGCUCAACCUCCGCAGCAGCAGGCCCCACCUCAAAACCAGCAGCAGGCGCAGACCCUUGUGGUGCAGCCUAUGUUGCAGUCCCAGGCACAGCCUGUGCAGCUCCAGCAGGACAGUCCUUGCCAGCCACCCACCAAGUCACCUGUUCCAAUUCAGUCAAAAUCCCUGGUCACCCCCAUCAAACCGCCUCAGCUUGGGCCUGCCAAAAUGUCAGCAGCGCAGCAGCCUCCACCGCACAUCCCCGUGCAGGUGGUGGGUACUCGGCAGCAGGGCUCAGGCCAAGCCCAAGCACUGGGUUUGGCUCAGGUUGCUGCAGCAGUGCCGACAUCCCGGGGAAUGCCAGCCAUGGUCCAGCCUGUUUCCCAGGCCCAUGCUGCUUCCCCAUCAUCUUCAGCUCCAGCAUCCUCACAGGAAGCUCCUCCUCUCACCACAGGGGUGAAUUUGGCACAAGUUCAAGGCACAGCCCACAUGGUGAAGAGCCCAGCCUCCUCUCCAGUUGUGGCUCAGAUGCCAGCAGCAUUCUACAUGCAGUCUGUCCAGUUGCCAGGCAAGUCUCAGACCUUAGCGGUAAAGCGCAAGGCAGAGUCAGAGGAGGAGAAGGAGGAAUCGCCCAGUAUCACUGCACUCCUGCCUGCCAGGUCCUCUCCUGUGACAGACAGUCCCAAAAACAUGGAGGAGAAGAGUGGCCUUGGAGAUAAAUCUCCUCCUGCUGCUGUUCCAACCCCAAAUACCACCUCAAGUGAAGGAGCAUCAGCCACUCCCCCCUCUGCUCCCACCCCAAACCUGGCAGUGGUGUCACGUCAGAUGGGAGACUCCAAACCCCCACAAGCCAUCGUCAAGCCCCAGAUCCUCACACACAUCAUUGAGGGCUUUGUCAUCCAGGAAGGAGCAGAGCCUUUUCCGGUGGGUUGUUCUCAGCUGCUGAAAGAAUCUGAGAAACCGCUGCAGGGAGAGGCUCCUUCUGGCCAGAGUGAAAAUGUGUCCAGCAAUUCUCCGGGAGGGAACAGUCCUUCUGUGGAGCUUGAUAAGAAGGCAAACUUGCUGAAGUGUGAAUAUUGUGGGAAAUAUGCUCCAGCAACCCAGUUCCGUGGCUCCAAGAGGUUUUGUUCAAUGACCUGUGCUAAAAGGUAUAACGUCAGCUGCAGCCAUCAGUUUCGGUUGCAGAGAAAGAAGAUGAAGGAAUUCCAGGAAGCUAACUAUGCUCGCGUGCGCCGACGCGGACCACGGCGCAGCAGCUCUGACAUCGCUCGAACGAAGAUCCAGGGCAAGCGCCACAGGGGCCAGGAGGACUCGAGUCGAGGCUCAGAUAACUCCAGCUAUGACGAAGCUUUGUCCCCUACAUCUCCAGGACCCCUGUCAGUAAGGGCCAGUCAUGGAGAGAGGGACCUGGCAAACUCUAGUAUGGCCCCACCUACCCCAGAUCUACAUGGCAUCAACCCAGUCUUCCUCUCCAGCAAUCCCAGCCGUUGGAGUGUGGAGGAGGUGUACGAGUUCAUUGCAUCCCUGCAAGGGUGCCAGGAGAUUGCUGAGGAGUUUCGGUCACAGGAAAUUGAUGGCCAGGCCCUGUUGCUUCUGAAGGAGGAACACCUCAUGAGUGCCAUGAAUAUCAAGCUGGGACCAGCUCUCAAGAUCUGUGCCAAGAUCAAUGUCCUCAAGGAGACCUAACAGCUCUGAAGCCAGAGAUCUCACUUUUGCUCUGACCCCAGGGCAGCUGCCAGCUUUGGAGCAUCCUGCUGGGGCAGGGAAGAAUGGGGCAGUCCCCUGUGGUCUUGCAUUCAAGAAGAAUGAGAAGGAAUUUAACUGGUUGAAACUGCCGUGCAUAAACCCAUGUCUUGG